AUGACACAGUUCACCCAUACCAACACACGCGAGAGCGACGAUGAUCUCACCCGUCGCGCCGACCGCAUCAGCAAGAUUUCUCCGGAAGGGACGCCCGCGCACCCCGAGGUGACCUCGCGCGGCAUCAACAUCGCCCUCCUUUCGAUUGUGGUGGCGAUGCUCGCCAUCGCGCUCGCCGUGGCGGUCGUGUUUUCUCCGAUCGCGGGCGUGGUCCUUGGUGUGAUCGCGCUGCUCGCGUUGCUCCUGAACCCCGUGUUCUGGGCAUCUUUCCACCGCGCGAACGAGCGCGAGACGCUCGAAAACUCCGGCUGA